UCAGCUCGCUUACCUGCCGCCAGACGUGCUUACCGCCCGCGUACCUGUUCUCUUGCGCGACGUUCGACUAUCUCGACCCCCACACCUGCCCGCGCGCCGUCAGUGUGUGUGUGUUUUUGUGCUAGUGUGUGUGUGCAUAUUUAAUUAAUUACAAAAGCAAAGAGCCAGGUGAAUUGAAUGAAAGAAAGGCUGUUGAAAGUAUGCAAAAAGCAGCAGUAGUGGCAGUGGCCUAAAUGGUGAUUAAUUCACUUUAAGGUGCAAUUAAGCAGCAACAGAUACAACAACAACAAGAAGCAGAAGCGCAAGGUGCAGACAAGAUUGGAUGAAUCCCUAACGUCAUGGUAUGAAGGAGCCGGCGAGCACAUUGGAUGAAAUUGUGCCCAGCAGGCUGACGUCAGCCGAACUGAGGGCGAUGGCAUUGCGACAGCAGCAGCAAAUCGACAGCCAGCACCAACUGCUGGCCACCAAGGAGCAGCGCCUGCGCUUCCUCAAGUCCCAGGAGGUGCGCAGCGCCGUGGCCAGUGCGGAGGGCGAGCGGCUCCGGCGGCUGCGGGAGCGGGUGGAGGCCCAGGAGUCCAAGCUCCGUCGCCUGAGAGCGUUGCGGGGUCAAGUGGACCUGCAGAAGACCUACAAUGUCACACUGAGCAAUGAUUUGGACUCCAUCCGAGCCCUGUUCAGUGAAAAGGAGAAGGAGCUCAGCCUGGCAGUGGCCAAGGUGGAGGCCCUGACCCGGCAGCUGGAGGAGCUGCGACGUGACCGCCGGUGUCCGGUGAACCUGCUGGCAGCCACGGCCGCCAAUGGCGUCGCCCAGACCCUGCCUCCCCAGGCGUCCCGCGAGCUGGAGAAGUUGCGACGCGAACUGAUGUACCGCAACCAGUUGUCGCUGCAGCAGGACGCCAGGUUGCACAUGCAACGCGAGGCACUGCAGCAAAGGCAGGCGGAGCUGCGAUCCGUGGACCAGCGCAUCUACGAGCUGCAGACACGCCUGCAGCGCAAGAAACAGGCCAACACCCAUCAUCAGCAACAGCAGCAGCAACAACAACAGCAGCAGCAGCAACAACAGGCCUCCGUGCAACAGCAGCAACAACAUCAGUUGCAUGUUCAGUCAGCGCAGUUACUGGCGGCUGCAGCGGCAGCCACGGCUCAGCAGCAACAGCAGCAGCACCAACUACAGCAGCAGCAGCAACAACUGCAGCAACAGCAGUCCCUGGGAUAUCAGCAGCCUGCCAGCAAUCUGACCAAACAUGGCGGCGUGGCGGCCCUCAAGCAGCAACUGCUCCAGAAGCAGGUCAACCAACUGGCCGCCGCCGCAGCCGCUGCGGCCGCAGGACGAGCCCGCGGCAAUGUGGCGGCCGUGGAGCCAUUCAUCCACACCCCCCAGAAGUCGACCAUCACCAGCACGGCCAGCUACCUGAGCGGGGGCAUGAAGCAUGCGGCAGCCACGGCGAACACCAACCAGCAGAACCAGCUCAUCCAGGACCUGACGCACGUGGGCAAGCUGGGGCAGAGCAGUGGCUUCUUCGCGGGAUCAGUGCCGGUGUCCGUGCCUGUGGCAGCCACCAGUUCCAGCAGCGAGAGCGACGAGUCCAAGCUGGCCAAGAAGCUGAUGGCGGGUCCCGGCAGUGCCAAGACCGAAGCUGAGCUCAGGAAGCAAGCCCAGACCGAGGCCAUGGACAGCACUACCCACAUCUAUGCGGAGGUGGGACCUAAGAAGAGGGACAGGGAGGCGGCCGCGGCAGCAGCAGCGGCGGCAGCGGCAGCUCAAGCAGCAGCAGUGGCAGCAGAAGUUGCAGCAGCAGCGACCAACCAAGGCAAGGCAUCAGCCCAAGGUGCCACCUCUCCGCCGGCUGCCGCAAGCAAGAUCCCCAAGAGCAUCUCCGCCUCCGCCCUGAUCAGCAAGCUGAACCAGCAGGCCACCGCCAAGGACAGCCAGGAUCAGCAGCAGCAGUCGCAGUCCCAAAUCAAGAAGAACGAGAUAUCGGUGACCAGCGAGACCCUGUCCGAGAGGAACACCCAACAGCAGCUGACCGUGCACAGCAUGCCCCUUGGGGCAGUGAGCAAGUCGGUGGCCAUAGCUGUGUCCAAUGCCUCCAAGCCACUGCAGGUGCAGGUGAGCAACCUGGCAGUGCCGCCGCGGAAGCCCAUUAGCAGUGUGGCGCCUACCUCGGUGACCAACAGCCACAGCACAGGCAGCUCCAUACCCAAGAUGAUCACCUACAGCCCGAAGGUGAACCGCGUGGCACCCAACGUGGUGCUGACGGAUCCGCGCCCGGCACUGCCCCCCAAGCCCAGCAAGAUGUCGCCCACGGAGCAGCCCUCGCCAGUGGAGGCCACUACCACGGCAGCAGCAACAUCGGCAGUCGCCACCUCCACGACAGCAGCAGCCACCUCAUCUCUAGCCGGAAAAACCCAGGCGGCAACCUUCGGCCUGCAGUCCCUGAACAUCAACGACAACUUGCCCAUCAAGGCCAAGCCUCUGACCAUUCGCAAGCAGCCCCUGUUCGAACAGCCUCGCCUGAAGUCCACCCAAUCCAUGGCCAAUGGCCAGCAACCCAAGCAGCAGCCCCUGCUCCAGCGCAAGUCAGAGCCCCUGAUGCGGCAGCCCGUUGAGGCUCUGAAAUCCUCGCCAGAAACCUCGCCCCAGCACUCGCCGAGCAGUGAGUCCAGCGUGGAUGAGCCAGACCGCAUGGUGGCGCCAGGAACUGGUGGGCAAGAGGGAGUUGCUUCACCAACUGGAACUGCUUCUACCACCACCACACCGCCCACGACGACGAGCAACAUCAAAGAGCGAUCUUCGUCCGGAGGGAAGCCUAAGCUGGCCCGCCGUGUCAGCUUCGAUCCGCUGGCCCUGCUCCUGGACGCCAGUCUGGAGGGUGAGCUGGAGCUGGUCAAGAAGACGGCCAUGCAGGUAGCCAACCCCAGUGCGGCCAACGACGAGGGAAUCACAGCCCUCCACAAUGCCAUCUGUGCCGGCCACUUUGACAUUGUCAAAUUCCUGGUGGAGUUUGGCUGCGAUGUGAAUGCCCAGGAUUCGGAUGGCUGGACGCCACUGCACUGUGCCGCCAGCUGCAACAACCUGUCGAUGGUAAAGUUCCUGGUGGAGAGCGGGGCCUGCUUGUUUGCCUCCACGCUCUCCGACCACGAGACUCCGGCGGAGAAAUGCGAAGAAGACGAGGAGGGCUUCGAUGGCUGCUCCGAGUAUUUGUACAGCAUCCAGGAGAAGCUGGGCAUCCUGCACAAUGGCGAUGUGUACGCCGUGUUCUCGUACGAGGCCCAGAACGGGGACGAGCUCUCCUUCCACGUGAACGAGCCCCUGAUCGUACUGCGCAAGGGCGACGAUGCCGAGAACGAGUGGUGGUGGGCGAGGAACGCCGGCGGCGAGGAGGGCUACGUGCCACGGAACCUCCUGGGGCUGUACCCACGUGUGCCGCCGCAGUCGCCGCACUUCAGCGAUUAGCAGUUAAUACGCUUCACGAUACUGAAGCGCAAGGCCGGUCGACUCAUCCAGAAGCGUUACAUAUCCAAGUACAUCUAGGACUGGAAGCUGGGUAGCCAUUCUGGGCACGUGCCACCGCAGAGUCAACGGGGGAAUUAUUUAUCACAGCUCCUUGUUUCUUUCUGUUUACUUUUUGUUUUGUUGAAAAGCAACAGCACAAAGGAUAAGGAAUAUCCCCAUUCCUCCUGGAGGAUAAGGAUAAGGAUGAGAACGAGAACCGGAGGCGGAGUAGCUGGAGCCCAUAUGUUCAGCCAUAUGGAAUGGAACCGGCACCGACUGCACUGAAACAGCUUCCGCCUCAGCCAUUUAUCUCGACGACUGGCCUCAAUUAGCCGGGCUCAGCACAAAGUUCAGCACGGCCCCAUCCGAGGGCCAUCUCCCCGAACAUCUCCCAUAGAAGCACCGCCCCCUCCUGCAUACGUACAAGAACCACAAAUUGAAUUUCACUUAAGCUCGUUAGCUUUAAGGCCUUAGACUAAUAAUUCCCACCAGCCGCCAGCUCGCCACAAAAACUUCACCUUCACCAACUAACUGGACGCAAAAAUAAAGUUCAAAUUGGAAUAUUAGAAAUUCCUUAGCCCACACGCCAGCAAUGUUUCAACUGCGAAGCUGAAGGAGUUUGUUAAUUGCAUAUAUCAAGUUAGUACUUAAAAAUUUAAUUGAACUCGAACUCGAACUCGAACUUGGAGUUCACCCUCACAAAACACUUUACAACUUUAACAAAAGCACCAGAAACAUAACGAAUCGAAUGUGAUGUUUGUAUAAAGACGAGAAUUAAAUUUAAUUUGUAUGGAAUAUCGAAUAUCGAAUAUCGAGUAUGGAGUGUUGAUGUAAAUUACAAAUGAUUCGUUAGUAGGAUAUGUGAAUUAAUUUAACUAAUUUAGCUACAACUAAUGUAUCGAUUGCUUAAUUCCUAGCUCUAAACAUUAAACUCGAUUAAAUGCAAAUACGUUUCAAUAAUGAAAAUAAAACAAAUUAAGAAAGCUUG